AUGGCGUCGCCGAUCCCCGAGACCAUGUUCGCGUGGAGGAAACAUAGGGAGAGCACAGAACCGAUUUGGGAAGAGGUGCCCGUUCCCGAGCCAGGUCCCACGGGCGUUCUGUGCAAAAUGCUGGCCGCGGGGGUCUGCAGAAGCGAUCACUACCUCCUCCACGUGCCCAUAGAAAAACAGCCAUCCUGGUUCCAGGACAAUUUCACACUGGGCCACGAGGGCUGUGGACAGGUCGUGAAACUCGGCGAACAGAUCCGCAAUGACUCCCAUAUCAAGGUCGGCGACAUUGUCGCAAUGCACGCCGUGCCGGGGUGCGGCUCAGCAGAGUGUCCGGAGUGCUCGCGCGACUUGUCCCAGCUCUGUGAGCUCGGCCACCACUCAGGCAUCGGCCAGGACGGCUUCUAUGCACCGUACGCCAUAGUCGACAUACGUGGCGUUGUACCCGUUCCCGAUGGUGUGUCUCCGGCAGAGGCUGCGGUGGCCACUGACGCGGUCACCACGUCCUACCACGCGAUCCACCGGCGAGGCCAGGUCCAGGCGUCAGAGCUGCUGUUCCUCUUCGGUCUGGGAGGGUUGGGCUUCAACGCGUUGCAGGUCAUCCGAAACAUCGGCGCACGGGUCAUCAUCGCUGAGGUGAAGCAGGAUUUGCUAGACGACGCUGCGAAGCUGGGUGUGCCCCCAGAAGACUUGGUGCCGAUUGGCACUGCACCGCUCGACUUCAUUCGUGAGCAAGGGCUCGAGGGGAAGAUCGACACUGUGUUUGACUUUGUCGGCCGCAAGCAGACGUUCCAUGGUGCUCAACAAAUAGUCCGCCGAGGAGGCAAAAUCGUCUGUAUUGGCACCCUCGACAAGGAGAACACGGUUUACAUGUCACUCGGCACGCGGAAGCGCUUGACUUUCAUCUUUUCGUAUGGCGGGCAGGUCGCUGACCUGAAGGACGUGCUGGAGCUGAUUGCUCAGGGCAAGAUCCAGCCGUUAGUGAAGACGCGGAAGCUGCACGAGUUCCCAGGCGUACUCGAAGAAUUGGGGGAAGGCAAAGUUCACGGGCGCAUUGCACUGUCAUUCGACUAG